AUAAGCGAUCCUCUACACUGGACACUCACGGUGGACGUUACACGGAUUCCGAGGAAGACAACGACACUUGGCAGACGACAGACGAACGUGCGCGUCUCUUGCCCCACGUUGCUCGUGAGGAAUCAUCAAAGAAUUUUAGCUUACGGCCGAAAUUAAGACAAUUAGCAUCUCAGCUGUUUGACAACGAGGAAGUGCAACAAUUCACGCGUGGACUACGUCAAGUUAAUUACCAGAGGCUAGCGCAAGAAGUGCAGCAGAAAAACAACACUAAUCGCAAGCAAUACUCCAACUUCAAGAGCAAAAUGACAACGCCAUCAACGUCUUCCUCCGUUGGCGAUGCGGCUGCCGCAUUGUCCGGCAAUCUGCAGUUGCCUCCGCUCCGCACGCUGGAUGACUUUGUCCUGGGUUCGGCACGCUUCCAGCUGCCCAAUCUCAAGGACUUUGACAAGUGGGGCAAUCGUGUGGUCAAGAAUCUGUUGUACUAUCAAACCAACUAUUUCCUCGUCUUUCUCGCCAUCUACGGUGUGAUGAUUGCCUUCAAUCCGACGAAAAUCCUUAGUGGUUUGAUCGUGCAAGCCCUGCUCAUUGCCAUCAUCUGGCAAUUCUUUAGCAGCAAGUCCAAGACCAGCUUUAUUGCCAGCCGCCUCACCGGAGGCAAUCAGAUCCUUGCCGCCCAGCAGGCACAACAGAAGUGGUACAUCUUGGCUGGCGCCUUGUUGGCCAGCUAUUUGUUUUUGCAUUUGAUGAGUGCAGUGCUGUUGACGGCCUUCACGCUGCUGUUGCCCAUCUCGGUGACGUUUAUACACGCCUCGUUGAGGCUGCGCAACAUUAAGAACAAGCUGGCCAAUACCAUCGAGAGCUUUGGACCCUCGACUCCAAUGGGCGCUCUGCUCGAUGCUCUCAAUGUGCGCGCCGAUGCGGUGUUGAACUAAUUGAUGUUGCAGCCGAUGAUGUUGUUGACGACCUUUUCAUUUUUAAAAGUUAUGCAUGCUGAUUAUGCUUCAAAUCACCUGUACUGUAUUUUUGAUCUUUCGUUUUUUUAUAAUGUUUAAAUAUGAUUUUAUUACACAUGUAUUUUUCUAUGCGAUACUCGAUAAAUAAUAAUAGUAUAUAUAUAUGGUACAUAUAAAAAAUGUCAAAUAAAGUUGUCCCUUCACAUAUAUCGUUAAA